GGAUUAUCCGGGCCAACGGGGUACCGGUAGGCCUUGGUGUAAGAAAAAUAAGAAUUUCACAUUCAGAGGAUUUCGUCCGGGACAGCGGGGGAUCCGGGAGAGUGAGGUCCGGGACAACGGGGUGCGACUGUACGAGUACUCGUACGGUAGUCUACUGAACGACGAUUGUUAGGAGGCCCGGUGCCGACCGGUAGACUCUGUCAGUCCAGCGACAAAUGUGCGCUGCAUAUGAUAUUUUAUAAAUGCAUACCCCUAACCCUUUUGUUGGAGGGCGGUUUGCGGUACGGGUACACUCGAGUAAGUAUGCUACCGGUCUCUACAUACGAUACGAGCAGUGUACGAGUACUGUACAGUACGAGUGCCAGCAUCACCGCGGAGCGUCGGCUGGCCGUGAUCUCUGGGGAGGGAAGAAGUGGGAAAAAGGAAAAAAGAUCGCCGGAGGGACCGAGGCAGAAGGCUUCAAGUUACAUUGUCAAAGGGCUGUCCCGGUGGGCUUGUCGAUGCUGAUGAGGACUGCUGCGAGCGCGCUAUAUGGAGCGAUAUUGUUAGGAUCAUGACGAGCUCUGUAUGCCCCCGAGUAAAUGGCAGAACGCUGGGCUCCGGGCUUUGGAGCAGCGGAAUUUAAGCUAAAAACCGAGCGGUUUCCAGCAACCCCAGCACCAGAUUGGGGGCUGCAACCGUUUUGAGGAGCAGAUGGAGGGUGAACACGAAUCUUGUCCCGGGAUGCUUGGUCCUUCGGUCCUGGCUUGGUUCCUCAGUCUCCUCGAUGGGGUUGGGGCAUCCUGUGGAAGAGGGUGGAUGGAUAUUGCAACACAGCCCCGUUUCCCCCUUCCCCUCUGCUCCCCCCCCGGAGGGUCGGAGCUUCCCAUUCAUCCCUCAGUAGAUUUGUUGCCCAAUAGGAGCCUCUUUUGGGAGCAACCCCCCCGUACUCCCUCCUUGUCCACCGAUCAAUCAGCUUUUGCUUGCCGCCGCUUGUAAUUCUCCUCUUGCUACAGUAGGAAACUGCGACCAUCACCGUUCCUACAGCACUGCACCCACACAACACAGCAAUCCUGCAACACAGCCCACCUUCUUCUUCAUCUCGCUACCUGUCCUGUCCCCUUCCGUCCUCCUUCCCGCACACCUUCACACCUUCACAACUCAACAACACAACCCCUCGCCCUCUUCUUUACCACUACCACCCACUCGCUACCAUCGUCAACACCGUUAAACCUUCCGUCGUUUUCCCACCCUUGGGGUUCACACAAGUAAAUAUUCCCGUUGACACUUAGCAGAAGCAGCUAUCCUGUCGCUUCACCACAACCGCAAACAUCGUAACUAGAGAGGAGAUAGGGAAAGUUGGGAAUUAGCUUCACGGACCAGCGAGCGAAAACCGGCGUCACGGAGAAAGGCUUUUCUCGCCUCCUCGUUUGAAAUGUCACAACAGAAUAACAUGAGCAGGAACCGUUCGAGUUCCUCCCUGUCCUUCAACCAGGAGAACUCUUCCUUUAACGAUAUCGACGCCUUCAUCGACUACGACGGCUCUAAUUCAUUCAUGCCCUCGCCUACCCUCUCUCGAUCCUCCUUCUCCUCGUCGCAGUCCAGCACCCCUUCCAUGAACCAGAAGGUGACCAACAACAACCAUCUGUCGGCUACAGGAUUUCCCGCCCCGAGCCAUCAAUACGAUCUUCACACCCAACAAACGGGCUCGCUUCCCGUGAAUUCUGGCUUUUAUCCCGACUUCUUUCCCCCGGCUGCCUCCAUGUCGGUUUCCCCCCACGAGAACCAUUUCAUGCAACUCGACAACGACUCUUCCGCCUCGCUAAACAGCUCGAACGGCAUGAUGCCAGCCUACUUUUACCCCGAGAGCACCGCUGCUGGGGAUAGUUCAGCAAAUUUUGUCAACCCCAGCUUGGUCUUGGGAGCCUCGCCAACGGUGAUGGAUAACUUGGAAUCUUCGGUCAAGAUCGAAGUUCCCACUGUCACGGUCCCUCCCGCCGGUCCCACCGCUCCUCCCAUGGCUACCGCUGGUCGAUUCUACGCCGGUAUCCAUCAACACCAAGCUGCCUAUGAGCAACAGCAGAGAGCAAUCAAGGAGCAGCAGCAACAGAGACAAGCACAGCAACAGGCUCCGCUAUCCCAACAGCAACAGCUUAAGGUUGCCCCCAAGAGUAGCGUCGAUGAGCGUGUAGACAAAAUCUUGACUUCUAUGAAGAAUGGUGCUCCUCAACCUUCUACCAACGGCACACCCCCCGUUUUACCCCACAUUGCCAAGCUCAAGAAGGAGGAGGAUGAGAUGGAUGAGGAUGAGCGUUUGCUCGCCAGUGAGGAAGGAAAGAAAUUGACUAGCAAGGAGAGGAGACAGCUCAGGAACAAGGUUUCUGCCCGUGCUUUCAGAAGCAGAAGAAAGGGUAACAUCAUUCGUUCUCGGAUUGGUCCGCCCGCAUCUACUGACAGGUUCCAUAGAAUACAUCACCCACUUGGAGCAGGAGGUUGCUACCAAGACGAACGAAGCCACCGACCUUCAACAUGAGAAUACCAGACUCAGGGAGGAGAAUAACAAACUUAGUGAGCUUACUAGAAUGCUCUUGAGCUCUCCUGCGUUUUCAGUAUUUUUGGACGCUAUGCAACCGGCCGCCCAGAACGAUGCUUUGGAGCAGGUUUCCAGUGCCACCACCGCACCAGAAGCAAAGACCGCUACUUCCAAUGCCGAUGCCUCCCUUCGCCCCAAUACCCGCAAGGAUGUCAAUCCUAACCUUGCCCCGGUUUCCGAAGAUUCUGAGUGGCCUUUGGCGUACAACACCUGGGGAACUAACUCGCCGCAAGUGUUUAGCGUCCUCGAACUUCCGCAAGGCCCCCCAAGCAUCCAGGAUUUGAGUGGAAAGGUUGUUGAGGAUGAGGACUGGAAAUUGAGCUCCCUCCCAGUUGCUGACGGCUUCUUCCCCAUCCGCAAUGAGAAGGCUGAUAUCAUGGACUAUCACUUCGAGGAGGACGAGUAUGAGGCACCAGAGGAUCUCUUUGAUGUUUACGAGGAAGAGAUGCAAUACUAUGCCAGGGAAGAGACUGAGGUUGACGAGAAGAAAACUCUCGACGAAUUGUUCCCCGGAACCGGUGUCGAGGCUUUGCUUGAACGUUUGGAAAUGAUUGCAGGAGGCCAGGCCCAACCAGAGGAUCUCUUUGAAGAGGCCGUUGCAGAACAAUCUCCUGAGGUCGUCGAGGAGAAGAGCGAAGAGAUCGGAGAGAGCACAUUAGGGGAAGCAAACAGAAUGUUGGAUGCUGCCGAGGGUAUCUACAGAAGGAUCGGAUUGGUUGUUGGCGGCCAGUAAACGUUAUGGAGAUUUUUUUAAAAAACCUUCAUAUACAUUGUACCAUGUCAAACUUGCUGCUCUUGAUUUUUUCGCUCGAGCCUUGGCUGGUAGGUCUUGGAGUUUAGGUGGUUGGGAAUUACACGACUUUAGACGCACGGGAGUUUUUAUCGACCUUGGGUGCUGUUUUGAUAUUAUUUUACCCCCCCUCCAACAAAACUUUGUUUCCACCUUAUAUCAGUCCUGUAUUUUUUUUGUUCCUUUUUCUUUCUACAUGGCAGAAUGUUCGUACGAGUCGCACCUCACUUUCAUGAUACCUUCCCCCUCAUAUCAUCUCAAUUUCUUUCCAACUGUUUCUGUUUCAUCCAAACAGCGACGGCUGGACCUUGACCUGUGUCUACUCAUUCCAAUAGCUCCAAUUUUCCUCAAAUUCUGAUGCAAACGAUAGCGGUUCCUCUUUUUUUCUUCUUUCUUUUUUCAUUCCCAUUUAUUACUGUCUUAUACCUUACCUUACUGACUUUAUUUUUUCUCAUCCCCCACUUCCCUCAACCUUGUCUUUUUCUUCAUUAUGAUCAUCAGCAUUUCAUUUGUUAACGGGUACUCGCUCCUUUUCCUUAUUAUUGUGUUUUUGGACGGGAUUUUGUCUUUUUUCACUUGUUUACCUAUGUUUCCUUUCCUUAUUUUUCUCCCUCUUCUCCUAAGUCAAUGUUUUAGCUCUUUAGGUUAGCUUGCUUUGGAGUGGGAAAACGCGGAGUACGUAGGCAGGCAGGCAGGGGAGAAGUGGAAUUCAAUCAAAGGAAGGGAAUUCAAUAUAC